GCACACAUCUCUCCACACACGCGCAUCUCCACUACAUGCACACACCCGCGUGCCUGCUGUACUUACGCCAGGCUGCCUAAGCCACAUCGUCGUAGCGUGCGGCGAGGCAGACGCAUGUCGUUCUCCUCCACGUCCGUCCGCUUCCGUCCACAUUGGCGCUGACGGUGCAUCAUCGCUGCAACAUGGCAACAGAGUUUCACAGUCUCCGGGAGAUGCGGCGCAGCGCUUCCCUGGUGAUGAAGGUCUUCGUGCAGAGGGACUACAGCGAGGGCACCGUCUGUUGCUUCCAGACCAAGUUCCCCCCCGAACUGGACAACAGAAUUGAGAGGAACUUACUGGAGGAAACUGUGAAGACGCUCAACUCGUACUACCUGGAAGCUGAAAACAUUGGAGGCCAGUCGUACCUUGAAGGAUGUCUGGCUUGUGCGACGGCCUACAUCAUCUUUUUCUGCAUGGAGACGCGCUAUGAAAAGGUUUUGAGGAAGAUAACGAGCUACAUCCAGGAUCAGAAUGAGAAAAUCUAUGCCCCGCGAGGGCUGCUGAUCACCGAUCCCAUCGAAAGGGGAAUGCGAGUUCUGGAGAUCAGCGUAUUCGAGGACCGAGGCUCGGGCAGCUCCAGCCCCAGCAGCUGCGCAUCGUCGACGGUGGCCAGCGCUCGGUGACUGGAGGGCCAGCGCCAGGCUUACGGGUACCACCACGGGGGAAGCGGGACGCUCGCCAAUAUCCGCAUGCUGAAACACGAGAGCACCCGCUUUUGAGGGGGAGCCACGCCGAGAUCUGCAAUGCGCUACCUCGGCAUCAGGAGGAAACGCACACUGAGUAAGACAAAUAUCAGAUCACGGUUACAGUCGACUGCCAACACUCACCAUUUGUUUCAGUCUAUUCCUUUUAUUUCCCAUUGGUCCGUCUUGGAGUUUUGCCGAGUCAGCAGACUUACACUUGAUUAGACUUAGUGUGAACAUGUAAUUGACUAAAAAAGGGAGGGUGCGUUUCGCUGCUGGUGCACUGUCAGGAUUGGUACAGCAAUUCACUUCAUCAGGGUUGAAAGACAACCACUCACUCCUCUACAGUCUUGCAUUCAGCAGGCACUUAGCCGAUGCAGCUCUCCUUACUGUAUUUAGCCUCAUUCGCUAGCAGAGUGUUUUAGAUCAGUGAUAUGCUUCCCAUGCACAUCAGUGAACAAAGUCAAAAUGGGACAAAAUAUGUAAACAUGUCGAAAUGUCCACUCAAACAUGAAAAAAGAUGACAUGAAGUGAUGAUAUGACAUCAAUUAUACUAAAUUGGCUCAGUGUAAUACUCAGCUGAAUCAUUGGUGUAUUUUUUAAUAUUGAAUUUUAUUUUUUGGCUAUUGGCAUCAUUUCGCAACUUGAAGUUGCUCUGCAAUUCCCGUUCCUCGUCGCCAUGUGCACGCUGUUACUGCAGAUGUGACUCCCGCGCAAACUAAAAUAUUCUAGAGAUUCACCGAAAUUCAUGCCGGAAUAAAGACGUGAACGCUUAUGUGUGCACGCAGCUGCAGACAUUUGUAUCGGCCUGGGCCACAGGCAGUAUUCUCGGAGGUUCAAUAUAGGCGCUGCAGGACUGCUUGUUUGUUAAGUUGUGUAGAUCGCCGUCCCAGUGCUACCUCACAUGCAAUCAAGUCAAAUAAAUGUAUUGGUUUGAAAUUUGAAUUAUUAGCCAAAUGUGUACACAGCUAAUCUCAAAGUUCAAAUCAAACCAUGGACAUUAAGUAGUCAUUGACUUGCUUGUUGGUCGAUUUGAGAGAAAGUGACAAGUUGAGGGGGGUAAUUUUCAUGUUCUCCUGUAAUGCACUGUUGUAGCGCCCCCUGGGGUAAAAUUCGUGCCACUGUUGUUAUGUUUCUGCCUUCUUCACCACUUGCUCGCAUUGAUUUCUUUGAGCUCAUUUUCUUGUCCAACCAAUUUGCCAUGCCAUGCCACAUCUUUAAGUGGUGCCUCAGUAACUUACCAAAAUAGAAAUAUAACAACAAUACCCGCAAGGUCGAAUUGCGCAAGUGUGCAUCCUCCUGAGCUUUUGAUGCUUUCAUGUUUCAUCCCAGUGGAUGGUACCUCAACCUGGUGCUAAUGGACUGAGUCAUUUUCAUGACUCUUCUCUGCCAGUCAGCCACAAAAACAGGCUUGAUGGACAAUGUAUAUGAAUAAAAAGAAAGAGAGAAAAGAGAAAAGCAGCAUGAAGAGAAUUGUGCUGCACGUGCUUGUUAACAAUGAUUUUUAAGAGCUAGACUGUACAAAAAGUAUAUGCUUGGAAAUUGUGUCGUUUAUGCUACUAAUUCUUCAUUUUUAGAAUUAGUAGCAUCAUUCGUUUUAUGUUUCUUUAAAAUCAAAUGUCAAUCUUGUCACCGUCAUAUAAUUCUACAGGUGAGAUUGUGGCGCUCAACAUCGGGUUGUUUGGUGUUUUUUUAUUUUAUUUUGUUGUUAUUUUUGGAUAUUACCUCUAAACUUUUCUACAAUUAUAUUAUUCAUGAAUUUAUUUAUUUUUUAAAUACUGUAUUUUCUCAUGGAGUAGAUAUAAUUGUGAUAUAUAGAUAUAAUAUUAAUUGUAAAUUUCCCCAGUGUGGGACAAAUAAAGGAUAUCUUAAUAAUAACACACUGUAAUAUAAUCAUAAAAAUGUGAUCAUUCCAUUGCAAUUGGUUGUUGUGCAAUGGAUUGUCAUGUGUGUCCCUACUGUUCUAAAGGUUUGAUAAAAUGGUGUGUACGUGUGUGUGUGUGUGGGGGGGGGGGUAUUCAUAAUACAAUAUCAUGUACAGUAAUACUAUAUGAUUGCCAUUAAUAAGGUGCUUGAUGAAAAUAAUGUAUAGUCGUCAACGCAAUCAUACUUUAAGUAUUAUUCUAAGGCACAGGUGUCAAACUCAAGGCCCCUUGGCCAAAUCUGGCCCGCCACAUAAUUUUAUGUGGCACUCGAAAGCCAAUCAAGCAUGUCAACUUCCAUGAUGAUUCCUUAAAUCUGUACCAAAAUUUGAAAUGAUCAUAUGUAAUAAAUGAGAGCUGUUGUCAGCAUUUUCUUGUUAUCGAACCCCUCAUAGUUAUUAUUCUUGAUUUACUUAUGUGGUUUCACAAUCAGAAUGGCCCUCCAAGGGAAAUGGCAUGUAUCAUGUGGCCGGCGCCAAAAAUGAGUUUGUCACCCCAGUUCUAAGGCAUCCGACAUCAGAUCAUUGUUUUGUUGUAAAAUCCAAACGCAGCUUUACCGAUGCCAUGACUGCUCUGUGGGUAUGCAGUGACUGUACUACAUAUUGAUAUGUGGCCAGUGGUUUUCAGCGCAGGAAUCUGAUUAAUGAAGACAAGCAAAGGAAGUGGAGAUUCAUUGGCACGUAAAUGUGUUCGGAGAACCUCCCUCGAUCACACUCUCCAUUAACCUCUGUGCCAAAACAAGGAUAACGCCUGUGUGCCAAGUCAUGAUGUAUAAUCCACUUAUAUGUACAUUCCUACAUUUGUUUAUCUUUGCACUGUAUUGGAGAGUCACAUUCUUGCCAACCUGUACACGAAUAAAGCAUAUCGUGCUUUUUUUCUUUUGAGAUCGUUUUGUAAGCCGUCUUCCGAAAGAUGAAGCAUGAAAGUGACUCGUACGAAUUGGAAGAUGCUGACUCAGGCAGACGAAGGGUGAAAUGAUGAGUCACGCCGCACGGUUGAACUAAAGACAAGACAAGGAGAAGUUAUGCAGCAAUAUUGGUGUGUUAUUAAAGAUGAUUAGCACAUCAAAAGUGA